AUGGAACACCCUAUCAUCGCUCCAAAUGGUAACUCCAAACACGGAUUAUAUAUAAGAACCCCGAACUUCAUUCUAUCUUCGCACUAUCCCCUCAAGCAUAGUUCAUUCAUGUCCACUCCAGAGCCAACGGUCAACACAGCCCAACUCCCGCUGAACGGCGCCAAGAAACUCACCCAAGCUCUCUUCGGCGAGGGUUUUACAAACGGCGGUGAAUCCCACUGCGCCAAAGCAUCACAUGGGUACACCACUCCCGUUUUUGAAGGCAAGAAGGCGCAGCGCGCUUCGGUUGAAAUUGACGUCGCCUCCAAGGGAUUUAUACCCCACAAUCUCAUUGCGGGCGAAGUUGACUGGUUUUACUUCAACCUCGGCAUCGACGACUCCUAUUUCCAGAAGGAAUCGAGCGAGAUCAUAUCCGACCAUAUUAUAGCCCUCUUCGGAGCGAAAAUCGUAGCGUAUACCAAGCGUGAUCCGACUAAAUUUAUCAUUGAUUUGGAGAGAAUCGAUGACCAGGGAAAGGGGGGGACAUUCAUUCAUACCAGUGCUCCAGGGUUGACGAGUGCCGAAGGGCCAGGUGCAUCCUGUGAAAAGAGAAUUGACGAACUGUUUCUGGACAAAUCCACGCCUACGAAUGCGUAUCGACUCGAGACCUUUCGGUCUGCAGGAUCUAUCUCCGCUACGGCGUCGCAGCAGCUUCGGUGUUAUUUUGUUACGAAAUGCAAUUUCCCCAAGAACCCUUCCAUUUUGGCUGGGAAGACGGAUAUUCGAUCUGUGUCAGAUUCAUACUUUCUGGAGAAGGCCACAGGGGCCGUCUUAGAUAUAUAUCAACAGAUUCUGUGGAAGGUGGAAUCGAAGCUGGGCCCCGUGAUCGAGGUCCACGAUGGUGAGGCUAGUCGCGAAAAGUGGCUGGUAAUCGGAUACAAGAUGGGCAGCACGUCAAGAUUCUUCAGCGCCCUGUCUAAUCUAUACCACUUCUAUUCCCUCUACUCCUCGCGAAAAUACGUUGAGCAAUUCUCCAACGGAGUCACUAUCAUUUCCCUCUACUUAAAUCCCCUUCCCAACACCAACGCUCCCCCGAUUGAAAACUCAAUCUUCCAAGUCAUGAAGGAAGCUUCGCUUCUUUUCUGUCUUCCUGAUAAUCCAUACUUUCUCCCAAAGAUAUCGGGCAGCCACGCGGUUCAAGAAGCUACUUAUGCCUAUUGCGGCUGGAUAUUCGCGCAACAUUUCUGUAAUCGUCUUGGACCCGCGUAUCUGCAGCUGAAGAACGUGUUAAAUGAGGACGACCCCAUCCAUGCAGAGGUGUUAAGCGAUAUCAAGAGGAGGUUCCGGGAAGAGACCUUUACCCCAGAGAGUAUCGCGCAAGUUAUCCAUGCUCACCCCGAUCUGAUCAGCUUGUUAUAUGUCAACUUCGCGAUGACUCAUUACCCUCCCUCGGAUGACGCAUCAAAGCUAAUGCCAACUCUCUCAUACCAACGUUUACACACCGUUCAGCCCCUCGACGACGCACAGCUAUAUGAAAAAAUUCGCCGCACUGCACCCAACAAACACGUAUUACAAGUUUUAGGGAGCUUCCUUGUCUUUAACAAACACGUCCUCAAAACUAAUUUUUACCAGCCUACAAAGGUGGCUCUGUCGUUUAGGCUCGCGCCAGAGUUUUUGCCUGAGGUUGAGUACCCGAAGAAGCCAUAUGGGAUGUUCAUUGUCAUCGGAAACGAAUUCCGUGGAUUUCACAUUCGCUUCCGCGAUGUCGCUCGGGGUGGCAUUCGGAUUGUCUUGUCCAGGAACAAAGAUAAUUAUUCGGUUAAUCAGAGGAUGCUGGUGGACGAGAACUACGGUCUCGCGGCUACACAGUCGCUUAAGAACAAAGAUAUACCGGAAGGAGGUGCCAAAGGGACCAUCUUGCCGUCGCUUGGAGCUAGCCCCAGGAGAUGCUUCGAGAAAUACGUCGACGCGAUGAUUGACCUUCUCAUCCCUGGUGUCAAGGAACCAGUUGUUGACCUCUACGGAAUACCCGAGCUCUUGUUCUUCGGUCCUGACGAAGGUACCGCGGACCUAAUGGAUUGGGCUGCUAUUCACGCUCGUUCUCGUGGUGCUGAAACAUGGUGGAAGUCAUUCACGACAGGAAAAAGUGCGGAGACGCUUGGUGGAAUUCCUCAUGACGUGUAUGGUAUGACUUCAUUGUCCAUUCGUCAAUUCGUGCUCGGGUUGUACAAGCAGCUUGGGUUGAGGGAGAGAGACAUUACGAAGGUACAAACGGGUGGCCCUGACGGCGACCUUGGCUCUAACGAAAUUUUGCUCUCGUCGGACAAGACGGUCGCCGUUAUCGAUGGCAGUGGUGUUCUGUCCGACCCUGUGGGGAUUGACCGUGAAGAGCUUGUUCGCUUGGCGAAAUUGCGUGUUCCUGUCAGUCACUUCAAUACCGCUAAGCUGAGCAAGAAUGGGUAUCUCGUGAAGCUUGAGGACCAAGACUUCAAAUUACCCUCUGGCGAAGUUGUUCCUGACGGCACCGACUUUCGAAACACCGCGCACCUACGCUUCAAAGCGGAUCUUUUUGUUCCUUGUGGCGGACGACCGGAGGCUGUCAACAUCUCCAAUAUGGCGGCACUCGUCGAUUCUGAGGGCAAACCUCACUUCAAAUACAUCGUCGAGGGCGCGAACUUGUUCAUCACCCAACAGGCCCGCCUGUACUUGGAGAAACGUAAGGUCGUCCUCUUCAAGGAUUCAAGUGCUAACAAGGGUGGUGUAACAAGUUCCUCUCUGGAGGUCCUUGCCGGUCUGGCGUUGUCGACUCAAGAAUACCUCGAUCUCAUGGUCUUCAAAGACGGCAAACCUUCCGAGUUUUAUCAGAACUACGUAAAGGACGUCCAGACCAAGAUAACCGAGAACGCCGCUGACGAGUUCCAGUGCAUUUGGCGCGAGCACUCUCGUUCACAAGGCACAAAAUCGCGCACUCUUAUCUCUGAUGAGCUCUCAUUGACGCUCAAUAACUUGCAAGCCGAUUUAGAAAGCUCAGCUCUGUUUGAUGACCUUCCUAGCAGGAAAGGCGUCAUCGGCCGAGCGAUUCCCAAAACCCUUGUAGAUCAAGUUGGAUUGGAGACGCUUCUGCAGCGCUUGCCGGAACCAUACCAGCGUGCAUUGUUCUCGAGUUGGGUCGCUUCGCACUUUAUAUACAAGUGCGGCGUGAAAGGGUCCACUGUUGAUUUUUUCCAUUUUGCCAGGGAUCUUGCGAACCUUUGA